AUGUUUGUUAACUUUGUUCAGUCUCGAGCUAGAGUCUCGACUUUAAAGAACUUAACGAUCUACCUUGAACUUCUUUCCUCGCUGUCAACGGAAAAUUUCAUACUAGUGUUGAGGCAUUUUAUUGCACGACGUGGACGAUCUUCAGUAAUAUACUCGGAUAAUGGAACAAACUUUGUUGGAACAAGUAGACUAUUUCAUUGUAUUAAUUGGCAACAAGUAGAAGAAGGGAAAAAGAAGGAAAUUAUUUCGAAAUUUAUACCACAUUCAGCUCCAUGGUGGGGAGGAUGGUGGGAGCGCCUUAUUGCCCUAGUAAAAGACCUUCUGAAGAAAGUUCUAGGUCGAGCAUGCCUGAGUUACGAAGAAUUGAAUACGAUUCUAUGCGAUUGCGAAGACAUCGUAAAUUCAAGACCCAUUACCUACGCUUCUGAACACGAUGAUUUGGAGCCUAUAACACCAUCUUCAUUCCUCAGAGAACGUAGGAAUGAUGGAAUUCCAGAUCUUGACCACUUGGAACUAUCUAGUGAGUAUUUUCCCAAACGGCGACUGUAUUGGUGUAAACUGCAAGAAGAUCUCAGAAAUCGAUUCCGACUGGAAUACUUGGGGCAACUGAGGCAACAAACUAAGAAAAUGAUAAAAACCCACGAUUUCAAGGUGGGAGAAGUGGUUAUUGUCGAAGUAACCAAUCAAAAACGUCUGAAUUGGCCUCUGGGGAAAAUAACAGAAAUAUUCCCUGGUAAGGACGGUUCAGUUCGUCUUGUGAAAAUAAAAACGAAGAACGGCGAAUUUCUGAGACCUGUACAGCGUCUCUACGCCCUUGAGGUUCAAACGCCUUCAGUAGAGAAUCUACUAGAGAAGAGAGCAUCUGAAAUUGAAGAGGAGAAAGAAGAGACAGUACAACAGCAAUAUGUUGAACAUCCUGAGAAGCUACCAGAAUCGGACAAAACGUCUCUACCAAAUCUAAAUAUCAUGAAAACCCGUUUCGGCCGUAAUAUUCAAGCUCCCAAACGACUGGACCUGUGA